CGGAGGAGGAUGCUGAACUGAGGGAAUUAUCACAUUCGCCGUCGACAACAAACACCCAGGUAUGGUCUUCAACCGCGCGUCAUGUCCGACCAAGGCGGAAUUCCUGGCCGGGCACAUCACACCAUUGAGGUACCACCCGUGGUCAAUCUUGAUCAUUCGAAACCACUUUUUAAAGCGAUUUGAUCGACUCUAAAACCCAUGGCGACUCUGGGUGUCUCUUUAAUUUCUUUAAUUUCACUCUGGCUUUGUCCUUUGUGAGCCCUCGUUUGAGCCGCGUUCAGCAAUGGCGAACUCCUGACGCACACAAAGAAGUCGACGACAAUGAACCCCCGGCAUGCUUGCUCACGAUCCUCUGCGAGGUUCGCAGUCUUUAGAACUGCCUCCUUCCCCUGUCAGCUCGCCUUCGCCCAAUUUUGACGAUGUGCCUACCAUCCAAGUUGCCACUCAUGAAGUACCGCUUCCAGCAUAUUGGCGUAUCCUAGGUCUUUUGGAGGACGGCAAACGGGAAGAAGAGAUUAUCCAAGUCCUCAUCCAUCACACGGGCACAAAAACGCGGAGAGUGGUCACAGAGAUCGUCGAUAGUGUGGUGGAAAACCAGCGUCUGAUAACCGGGCCACCCAAGUCAUCAGGGAGACUGAGUGUUGCAUUCAAGAAGCCCCGGAGAAUAAGUGAUUACCGAGCGAGUCGAAUUGAGGCAAGGCGAGAACUUCAAGCGGCCGAAGAGAAACUGGAGACUGCAAAGCAGAAAGAAAAAAUGGUUCUGAAUGAAGCACUCAUUCUUUCUCAACGCAAGGAAGACCUGAAGGACCUGAAGAUGAGCGCAGAUGAACAACGGAGGACCACAAGCGCGAUUGAACAUCAAAUGAAGCAUGUGCUUCGGAAACACCACGACGUCGAGGCGGAAAUUGACUUUGCCAAACGGCUUACUCUCAUUCACAAAGCUUCCCUGGCUUGAUGUUCUCAAUGCUGACACCUACGCCUGAGCUUCCUCGUCAGAAUCGGUUUCAUCUGGCGGUUUCGCCGGAAACAGUGAUCAUCAAUUGACGCUAAAGUGCUGCCAUUCCUUAUGGCAGUGUGCCAGGGACAUCCUUGUCUACCUUUUCAAUUCGCAUUGUCUCAAUGAUCUGGAGAUGACAGAUGACAACCUCACAUUAACUCCCCCAGCGAUUAAUCGAAGGAGAAGCGGGUCAAGACAAGGCAUGGUACUGCGUGCUGCCUCAACGCCACCUUUCCCAAGGCUCUUACUUGAGUCGAAGUCUCCCGACAUGGAACGAGGCUGAGCCAUUACUCUACAGACCGCAGCGGCACGGACAGAUAUCCUCCAAAUUCUUUCGCGAAAUUCACGGACACGCGCGCAUGUACACGGCCCUGUCGGUCAAUGAAACGCGCAUGGUCGUCAACAGGCACAACCGCGCCGUGCCAAAUAUUUGGAUGGAUGUAUAGUCCCUUGCCCCCAUCACAGCGGAACGCGACAAACUUCUCUGGCGUCACAUCGUCGCCCGGCAGGGCGAGCGGCACCACGAAACUCUGCCCGUUCAUGGGGAAAAACAACUGGCCGCCGUCCGGGUGGUAGUUCGCUCGCCAGAUCAUCGCUCUUUCUCGGGGUCGUGCCGCGCCAGUGCUCGCGGCCUCUUCAGGAUACUGGCUCCAGGCAAAUAGAUAGCUGUCGCCAACGGCAUUGUUGCGCGCAUAGAGCGUGUCCCCUUUCCACCAGAACUCAAAGAGGCCUUCAGUCACUCCGCCCUGGUCGCCAGAGUUCGCAUCCACCGGCCGCCAUCCUUGAGCCGGCCACCGUACGAUCUCAAUGCGAUGCUUUUCGGGCACGUCGACAAUCUCCCCGUAGCCCUUGACGGUCUCGGGCGUAGCUAGGACAAGGGGUGUUUCGAACAGUUUGCGGACUCCCGUGGUCGGGACAUAUGCUACUUCUGUGGCAUCAAAGUCCCGACCAUCGAUGUUGAUAUCAGCUUUGGGUUCAGCUUUGCUGACUGCUCCAUUUGCUGUGACAGCCAUCUAUCCCUGCUUCUUCUAUGCGUUGAUGCACUUGGAAUACUUUGUCUUUGAAUGAAAUGCUCUUGGAGAAAAUGAAUUGCGUACAGACCGUUGAAUAGCAACCUUUCCACGGUGCGUCCUCGCAAUCAGAUUCUAUAUUGAAAUACAUGAGUAUGGGCUUCUUCUGAUGUCGAAUGGCCGGCACGAACUGCGAGGCUGGCCACGGACUCCGCCCAAUGAUAGUCGUGGCUCGCAGUCUUCUCAAAACGUGGGCCGUUGUUCCUGCCGACACAUGUUUAUUCGGGUUUUGUACCAUCUUACGUUCAGCCAGCAUCUUUCUCAAGUUGCACUCAAAAGAACCGCCGCUGUGUUGGGGGUUUGCACAGUUACAGUGGAUCUCAAGGCCGAGGAGAGAAACAGAUCUAUCGGAACGUCGCCGAAGAUGGUCCGAUAACAGCAUGUCUUUACCUUUUCUCUUCGCUUUGGCCUUGUUCCUCCUCAGUGUCCUGCUUGAACACCGUCUUCUUACACCAAGGUUAUCGCCACAAUGUCACAUGAGAUCUAGGCAAGCUGCGCCAUGUGGUGCGGCUACCUGGAUUACUCCGCUGCUCCCUUUGAUGCGAAGCACAAUCAAUGGAGUUGACAAUUGUCAAUGGGUGUGAGCACUGAGGGACAAUGAACCUUCCGUGGAUUGUUGUUCGAUCCUUUUGUGGAUAUUAAUGACACCCUUUAUCUCUUUGUAUUCCUCGAAACAAAAUACCAACGAGGUCGAAAGGCGGGGUUUGAAUUGUG